AGCUCAAUAUAUGGAAUAAUGUGCAUAAUGUUCACAUUACCGGCUUUGUUUAUAUUAGAAAGAAAAGGCUUGAAAGUGAUUGCUAUGUGUGGUGGUGGACUGCACUUGGUUGGAUCUUGGAUCCGUUAUGUUGGCAUACUUUUUCAGGAUUCAAUCUAUGUUAGCCUUAUUGGUCAAACGUUAUGUGGAAUUGCUCAAACAUGUUGUCUUGGAAUGGCUUCACAACUGUCGGGGACUUGGUUUGGAUCAAACGAAGUUUCCUUAGCAUGUGCACUUGGAUCCACUGCAUUACAUUUUGGAAUUGCAAUCGGGUUUCUCACACCUUAUAUAUUUCAAAACCAGAACAAUAUUGGUCGGAAACUACAGUUCAUUUUUCUUGGAACAGCAAUAUUUAUGUCAGUAAUAUUCCCUAUAAUUGCAUUUAUAUUUGAAGACAAACCACCAUUUCCACCAAGUGUUCAGAAAAGGAAUUCAGUUUAUGGAAAACAAGAUACUUUCUCCAAAUCCAUCAAAGUUAUGAUGAUGAACAGAAACUUUAUGUUACUUGCAAUAGCGUGUGGACUAUGUAUAGGACAGUCGACAAUUAUCACUGCUAAGGUGAAAGAUAUUUUUUUAUAUUCUUAUCCAAACAAAGGUAAUAUAGUUGGCCCUAUGGUUUUUUUUAGUAUACUUCUUGUAAUUGUGGGGUCUGUAGCUGUUGGUUGGAUGUUGGACAAAACAAAACAGUAUUCGUUAACCGCACGAGUGACAGUUUUGGUAGUUUUUGUAACAUUUGUUUGCUUCACCGUAUCAAUGCAAUAUGAAUACGUUUGGUGUUCUAUCGUAUUUUUUUCGAUCUAUUAUGUUUUUGCUCGUAUAUUUUACACAAUUGGAUUUGAAUACGGGGCUGAGCUAACUUAUCCAGAGUCAGAGUCACUGUCGGCUUCAAUAAUAGUUUUUUUUGUGGAUUUUACAUUUUUCCUUUCCGUUUACAUGUAUGAUAUAAUUCUUGAAAAUUGGAACUUUCUCGCUGCGAAUUCUUUAACUUGUAUUAUGUGCGUAAUUCCAAUCUUUAUGACGAUUUUGAUUAAAACUGAGAAUAAAAGACAUAAAGCUGAUAGUAAUGAAAACUAUUUUUAACUUCAUACUGAAACUAAAAAUAUUUUAACAAAAAUAUGCUAAUUAUAUGUGGUGUCGUUUCUACCUAUGAAUAAAUUUAUUGCCAGUUGCUCCAUCUUCGGCCAUCACUGUUUCUAAGAAAUCAAAGAAUCAAGGCAAUAUUUAUUCCAUGUUUUUGCAUUGAGAUUGACAGUGAAAUCAAAACAAACUAAAUUGAUAAAAAAAAAAGUUUGUUUUAGACCUAUAAGUAUUUGUUCUUGGGUCAAUCCUAAUUAACUGUAGGUGUAAAAGUCUCCCGUUUUCUUUAAUUCAGGCUAUCUGACUUCGUUGUAGUAGUUUUCCUUUUAAAAUUAAAAAAAAAGUGUAUUCUUAGUUAAGUCAGUGCAACUGAUCACAAAGAUGAUUAGAUGAUUGUAUCAUAGCUCACCAAUAAACUGUAAAACCUUGAAUGGAAGCCCAAUGGGCUUAAUCUCGAGAAGCGAAGCCCAUCUAGAAUUGAAGCCCACCAAAAAUUAGCAAAUUGGCAAAAUUAACCUCGAAAAGAAGCCUAGCAUAGGCUUCUUUUAGAGAUAGUACAGUACAUACACUGUACUUGAAUUUUAAAGAAACAAAAUAAAUUUAAAACAAUCUUAGUUUAUAUAGUAGUUUAGGUGA